AUGCACUGGGGGGUUGGCUUUGCCUCGUCCAGGCCGUGCGUGGUGGAUUUGAGCUGGAACCAGAGCGUCUCCUUCUUCGGCUGGUGGGCCGGGUCCGAGGAGCCGUUCUCCUUUUAUGGGGACAUCAUCGCUUUCCCUUUGCAGGAUUACGGUGGGAUCAUGGCAGGGCUGGGCUCCGAUCCCUGGUGGAAGAAAACCCUUUACCUGACCGGGGGAGCUUUGCUGGCCGCAGCUGCGUAUGUGCUCCACGAACUCCUGGUCAUUAGGAAACAGCAAGAAAUUGACUCCAAAGAUGCUAUUAUUUUGCAUCAGUUUGCAAGACCUAACAAUGGUGUUCCCAGUUUAUCACCUUUCUGUUUGAAAAUGGAAACUUAUUUAAGGAUGGCUGACUUACCCUAUCAGAACUAUUUUGGUGGAAAACUCUCUGCUCAAGGGAAAAUGCCUUGGAUUGAAUAUAAUCAUGAAAAAGUUUCUGGCACAGAGUUCGUAAUUGACUUUCUGGAAGAGAAGCUUGGAGUGAAUUUAAACAAAAACCUCGGCCCUCAUGAAAGAGCCAUCUCCAGAGCGGUCACCAAGAUGGUAGAGGAGCAUUUUUACUGGACAUUAGCUUAUUGCCAGUGGGUGGACAAUCUCAGUGAGACCCGGAAGAUGCUCUCUCUUAGAGGUGGUGGUCCCUUCAGUAACCUGCUGAGGUGGGUCGUGUGCCACAUAACGAAAGGAAUUGUGAAGCGCGAGAUGCACGGCCACGGCAUUGGCCGCUUCUCAGAGGAGGAGAUUUACAUGCUGAUGGAGAAGGACAUGCGGUCCUUAGCGGGGCUGUUGGGUGACAAGAAGUACAUCAUGGGCCCCAAGCUCUCCACUCUUGAUGCCACGGUCUUUGGACACUUGGCACAGGCAAUGUGGACCUUACCUGGGACAAGACCUGAACGGCUGAUCAAAGGUGAGCUGAUCAACCUGGCCAUGUACUGCGAAAGGAUAAGGAGGAAAUUCUGGCCCGAGUGGCAGCAUGACGAUGACAACACCAUCUACGAGUCUGAGGAGAGCAGUGAAGGCAGCAAAACCCACACUCCCCUGCUGGAUUUCAGCUUUUACUCAAGGACAGAGACCUUUGAAGAUGAGGGAGCAGAGAACAGUUUUUCCAGAACCCCAGAUACAGAUUUCACUGGACAUUCGCUGUUUGAUUCUGACGUGGACAUGGAUGACUACACAGACCACGAACAGUGCAAGUGACGUUUGGCUUCCCUGACCCCUUCUGCCAGAGCUGCCCCUACCUGGGCUUGGUCUGGUCUCCUAGGUAGAAAUCCAUCCAAGCUGGGAGGAGGUCUUCGUGCUUGGCACAGUUCUCACAAGCUAACUGGACGAUAGCAGCCUUAUUUCUUUUUUGUACAAACGAAACACGGAACUGUUCAUUCAUAUGGCUCCAUUUAAAACCAACAGGCAAAAAACAAAAAAAAAGUCAGCAUGGUUCCUGAAAUCCAUUUUUGUUUUCAUUAGAAAACUAAUACUGUGAGGUAGAGCUGGUGAAAGAGCUGGUUAUCCACAGAAUGCUCAUGGUGAUCUUCUUCAGCCUGAAGGUUUAGUUGCAAGGUAGAUUCUUGAACAUCCCUCAUCCAUCAAGGUUUGUAGUCGUGAGAGAUGUCAUGAGAAAAAAUGUAGGAGGUAAAUGUUCUCUGGUGGCUGCUUGUGUUUUAUGUGUGGAUGUUGUAUGUUGAGAUAAAAGUCAAAUAAAAUCCAUAGAUCUUCAAUGAACACCUACUAUGUGCAAUGCACUGUGCUAGGUGCUAAUCAGUAUAAGUUUUAUUCUAAGCCCUGCCAGUGACUAGCUGUGUGAUUUAGGGCAAGUCCCUUAAUUCUGUGUGCCUCAUUUCCCCCACUUGUAAAGUGGGGAUAACAAUAUUCCCCACCUACCUACCUCACAGGGGUGUUGUGAGGAUUCAUGUGGUAACAUUUGAGCUUUCAACCUCUUGGAAGAGGUGUGAUAUAAACACAUUUUAUUCUUUAUUGUACUUCAUGUGUGCGAAGAUUGAGGGCAAAGGAGUUCCAUAUUCGGGCCACAGCAACCACAGCCACUUGCAAAAGUUCAAGCAGAUGUAAGACUCACAAAGGCACAGUUAAGAUUCUGUCAUCACUCCUCUCUGCGCUCUCGCUUGAAUCAAAAUCUUUUGUUGAAAGAACCUUGGAAAUAUUUUCACAAAUCAUCAACAGCUACAGUUCUUCAAUUCUACUGUGUAUUUGCAGAACAACCUUUCAUUGCCUGAAUGCACACUGGAAUGUUGUGCUUUGUUGACUCUGGGGUGUUAACUUGCCUAUGUUUGACUUGGAGGGAAAAAAGCUCAGGAAAAUGAUGGAUUUAAUGGAGGUGGAGGGGAAAGUUUUUGAUUUUUGUAUGAAGCUUGCCAAUUUGUUAUUUUUUUUUUUUUGGAAAACAAACUUUGCAAGAUAUGUUGAAAAGCUGGAGUAGGAAGAAGACUGUGUUACUGGUAUCAAAGCACUUUGUGCAGUGUAGACUCUAUGCAGUUUUAUUAAUGGAACUUUUCUAGGGAUUUCAGUGAGAAGAAAGUAAUUCUGAGGACAAAUAGAUUCGUUUCUUAAGACUCUCUUCUUCCCUCUCCCUCCCCAGAGAGCACAUGAACACGGGAUUACCCAUAUUUACAAGACAUUUUGUCUCUAAAGAUGGUUAUUUUUUUGUUGAUUUAAAACUUUUUCCAGUGAAGUGUAGGGUGAAGAUCUUGGGGUGAUGGCCAUGGAUUUGGGCUAGGAAGAGUCAGUGCUAAGAUUUUCAACUGUAAACAGAACAACUUUGCUUUUGACCUCAACUAACUCACUGAGUAAGAACUCUUUAUGGGAUUAAGACAGCAGCUUCUGAGAGUUCAUAUGCUUCACCUGAAGAGGACUCUUUGAAUACUGCUGUUGCAAAAACAAUCCUAAAAUGCUAUGGAUUCAUAGAAAGAGGUAAAGGGGGAGCUUUUUUGAAGCUGCUUACCAACUGUGUAUGGCAUAUGGAACCGGGGAGAAAUAUAAGAGACCCUAGAUUAGAUAUUCUUACUGUGCAGAACGUUGUAUUUUAUUAAAACCAUUCAUAUUUGAGAGUACUGUUUGAUGCCUAGUGACAGUAUGGUGGAGAAGAUACUAAAGGAUAAGUCUGUAUUUAUUUUCUACUAUCAUUUAGGAGGCAUAUUCUCUUGUCUCUCUAGUAAAUGUGUUCUCAGGCUGGCUGGGGGUAGUUCUGUGUGACUCGGCAAACUUCUGGCUGAAAAAUAUGAAUGUAAUGAACAGGUGGACACUGGACCUGUCUGCAGAAAGACUGAGUUGUCUUUUCCCUACCCUCAGCUGGAAAGAAUUGUGUUUGAAAUUUUGUCUACCAUUUAUUCUUACUGUAUAGCACUAAAUGUGAUGUGUGUUUACUCCAAGAAUGAUUAUUGUGAGUAUGUAGAAUUACAGAUACUUUUGUUUAUGUUACUUAGAGAGCCAAUGUUCAAAGUGAAGUUGUGAAAUUCUUCUAUCCAGGUGCCUCUUACUGGGGCUUGAAUGGAGAAGAGUUAGUAUUGGCCUGAGAGCUCAGGAAUGGCUGCUUAAUAUUUGUAGGUAUAACUAGACUAUCCCCAGGUUUUAUUUUCCCAUCAUGGCCUAUGGAAACAAAAUGGCCAAGACAAAAAUCACUGUGCUGUGGGUGACUUCUGUAGUCUUUUGGGGGUGGGGGGCCACUUAAUUUUAUGUGAUUUAUUCUUAAUGUACCCAGAUUUGAAGUGUUUUCCAAUUUGAUGAAUAGGUGCUACUAAUAAGGAAAAAAUACAAGAAAUUAGGGGGCAUUUUGGUCAUUGGGUUUACUUGUUCAAGGUCUGUGUUUCUUUUUUAUUGGAAAGUAACUUAAGGAAGUGUGAACUUUAAUUUUAACAGGUGCUUUUGGUUGAACAGAUGACCCAUGACUGGCUCCUUCUAUCUCUCAUUGUAAAAAUAAAUUCUGCCCCUCUAUCCACAGCCCCACUCAUCAGGAAUAAUGAACAGCAGCAGUACACUUUGCUCUGCAUAUAUCAGAGUAGAUGUAAGGAUAAUAUAAAUUUAUGUAGAAUUAAACUAUAUUAUCAAAGUUUACCAUUUUGUUGUUAUAUCCUAAUGGAUUGCAAACAGCAACAGUACUAAGGUCAUGGGCUACACAGCUGACUGAUCACAGACAUAGAACAAUGGGGCAUUGAGUCACAUCUGUAGUAUAGACCUCAUGUGAGCCUUGCCUGUGCACACUGAGGUAUUAGGUUAUGUUUUUGUGAAAUGGCUAGGGUGCAAGGAAAGGGAGCUUUAAAGAUUUUAGCAUUCUGGGUCUUGCCCAGAUUAUUUGAGAGAAUUCAUAGUAUCACAGACAUAUAUAUCUGGGCCAUGAAUUAGCUCUAGGAAGCCUGGAAGUGUAGAAUCAUAGAAAUGUAUAGGUGGCCAUGGGUUAGCUCUAGAAAGUCCCUUGCAAGAGAGCCCCAAGGUUGUUAGUGGCUCACUGUCACACACAUGCUUAUUUUAAGGGCCAGAACUGUUCACCUGCCCAUAGAAGUUUCUUGCCAUUUUAUU